AGCGAAUUCCAUCCAAGGUUCUGCACUCGGGACUCGGCACAGUCUGAGCAUGGAGAGUCAGCGACUGUCCUCGUAUCGGCGGCGCUUCGGCCCCCAAGCCACCGCUGUCCACCAGCCCCUGAGAUCCUCGCCCUUCUUGUGGCUCAUGUCCCCCAGCCCCAGCACCAGAGUCUCCAUGACCAAGAAGAAGAGCUCCAGCCUGAGCAUCCGUGCCAGCCCCAGGUUCUUCCAGGACAAGGCCGAUUUCUCCCUGGCCGAUGCCCUCAACACCGAGUUCAAGGAGACGCGCACCAACGAGAAGGUGGAGAUGAUGGAGCUGAACGACCGCUUCGCCAGCUACAUCGAGAAGGUGCGCUUCCUGGAGCAGCAGAACAAGGUGCUGGUGGCGGAGCUCAACCAGAUCAGAGACAAGGAGCCCACCAAGCUGUCCGACAUCUAUCAGGAGGAGCUGAGAGAGCUCCGCCGGCAGGUGGACCAGCUGUCUAAUGCCAAGACCAGGCUGGAGAUCGAGAGGGAAAAUCUGCUGGAUGACGUCAACGGCCUCCGACAAAAGUUACAGGACGAGAUUAAUCUGCGGCUCGAAGCUGAAAACAAUUUGUCUUCCUACAGACAGGAUGUGGACAAUGCUGCAUUAAUGCGCCUGGACCUGGAGCGGAAAGUCGAGUCCCUGCAGGAGGAGAUCAACUUCCUGAGGAAAGUCCAUGAGGAGGAGCUGAGAGAGCUGCAGGAGCAGCUGGCGCAGCAGCAGGUCCACAUUGAGAUGGACAUGUCGAAACCGGACCUGACGGCGGCGCUGCGGGAGAUCCGCAUCCAGUACGAGUCCAUGGCCUCCAACAACAUGCACGAGACCGAGGAGUGGUACAAGUCCAAGUUUGCAGACCUGACGGACGCGGCAGCCCGGAACAUCGAAGCCCUGCGCCUGGCCAAGCAAGAAGCCAAUGAGUAUCGGCGCCAGCUGCAGGCACUCACCUGCGACCUGGAGUCCCUGCGGGGGAUGAACGAAUCCCUGGAGAGGCAGCUGCGGGAGAUGGAGGACCGCUACGCCAUUGAGACAGCCAGUUACCAGGACACAGUCAUCCGGCUGGAGGAGGACAUCCGGAGCCUCAAGGAGGAGAUGGCUCGGCACCUCCAGGAAUACCAGGACCUGCUCAACGUCAAGCUGGCCUUGGACAUUGAGAUUGCCACCUACCGCAAGCUCCUGGAGGGAGAGGAAAGCAGGAUCACCAUCCCCGUGCAGACCUUCUCCAACCUGCAGAUCCGAGAGACCAGCCUGGAUACCAAGUCAGUGUCUGAGGCUCACCUGAAGAGGAACAUCGUGGUCAAAACUGUGGAGACCAGAGAUGCAGAGGUGAUCAAGGAAUCCAGCCAGGAGCACAAGGACUAAGCGUGUAGCCGUAGAUCACUAGCAGCGUAGAUCCCGCCCGGCACUCGGCCCCUCCGACGUGGAAGCAGCAGGGCCCAGCGGCUGCGAGGGCCCCACCCGGAGGGAACGUGUUUCGCUUGCCGGGAGCGGCGUUAACGAGACUAACCGAGGAGCUAGAAUAACCAGCGCCCCUUAGAACUGCUGCGCACUGUCCCGGCGCGGGCCGCAGGCGAGCGCCUCGCCCGAGCCCCGUCUCUCCCUCCCGCCACCCCUGCCCGUGCUCCCGUCCGCCUUGCUCGCUGCAGUCUGGGGCAGAGGCCUGCAGAGCGGCUCCAGAGCCUGGCGGGGUUUGAGGCCCUGCUGAGGCUGCCAGAGGCUGUGCUAGGCCCACCCAGAAACCCCCGAACACCGGCUCCCUUGGGGGGCUCUGCCGGAGGCUGCGUGGGGAGGGCAGGCGGGGAAGGCAAAGCAAUCGAGGGCCCAGCUCGUGCCCACAGAAAGGGCCAAAUCCAUGGCCCGGGAGCUGCAGAGUUUCCACUGCCUCCUGGAGCCCAGGGGCGGGAUUGGGCUGCACCCCACCACCUGCCCCAGAUCUCAAAGCCCCUAGGAUGGUGCAGGCCCUGAUCCCGGCUCAGGCCCAGGCAUCCCCAGGAGAGGUAGGAGGGGCCCUGAGUGCGAGUCUGACCCCUGUGGCGUUGCAAGAGCGGGGGAUGCUGUGGAGAGCAGCUCUCCUUCAGCACUGCCCCCCGCCGGCCUCCUGGAGAUCAGGCUUCCGGGGAGGGAGAUGCUGCUGCCCUCCCUGGGACGGGCUUGGGCCCACAGGAGCAGGGUUUCUGUUCCCUGGCCCCUGCAAUGGAGCCUGCUCCCCGACGCACCGGCGAUGGGCCCGGGCAGGCAAAGGCACUAGGCCGCUGCGCUGCACCAAACGCCCUGGCCCGCCCAGGAGCCGUGGCUGGGCUAAGGCGGAGAACAGCUGGUCGGAACCGGAGGCAGGGCUGGGCUGGCUGGUGUCUCCCCGGUUCGUGCUGAGGGCUGAGCACCAGGCAGCUGGAGCCAGAGGAGCUGGGGGGACGGGAGGGACAGAGCCUCGCAAGGAAACAGCUUCCUGCUGCUGUCGGGAGGCCAUGAAGCCUGCUCAGGCUGCAGAGAGGAAAUCAGACCAAUGAUGGGGGGAGAGGUGCAGGCCGCAGCAUCGUGGUUUAAUCCUGGCCCGUUCCCAGAGCCCGGGCUGGCAGCUGCGAGGGGCGUGAGGGGUGGGGCCCUGCCGAGCAGCGAUGCUCAGGGUUUGCCCUGUUUGGCGAUGGCGGCGUCCAGCCCUCGCUGUCAUGCCUCCUCCGAGCAGCACGGCAGAGCCAGGGGCUGGUGAGCUGAGCUCUGUGCCCUGCUUGGCUACAGCCUGGGCCAACGCCAACCAGGUCUGGGGCUCCCUGUCAUUGGCUCCCCUGGGAGCAGAGCAGGCCGUUAGCUCCCCCGUCUGGGGGUAUUUUCCUCCCUCCCAGACAGGCUGAGGAGAGCUCGUGGGUGUUUGGGAGGGGCCGGGAGCCAUCACAGAGCAGGCCCUAUGGUCGGAGGGGCUGGCGGCCUGAGUUACAGCCCAGGAGGGGCCCUGCCCCCUAGCAGCACGAAGGGCUUGUUACCAGGUGCCCUUGUCUCCCGGUUUCCUACGGGGCUGCUCUGAGACGCUCACUCUGUGGGGCAGGGGCAGUGCCAGCGGAGGGUGCCUGGCUCAGCGGGGUACUGCUCUGGCUCGGGAGGGGGCAGAAUCAGGCUCUAUGUCGAAUCCUCUCUAUGGAUUGUUCUCUGUGUGUCCUGAACUGUUGGACCGUGGUGUGUGCCGGUGAACAGCCGCCACCUUCUGCCCCAGAGGUGGCUGCAUUGCAGCCGGGGUGGAUACAGUGCAGGGAUGUGACUAUGGGUGUAGAGCAGCAGGGUGGCUGAUCUCAACCAGCCACUGCUUCUUCCCCCAGUUGGACGUUUCUAAUGCAAGUGAAAAUGGAGCGGGUGGAGAGAAAGGGAUUGAAGGGCGAGAGAGGAGCCAGAUGGGGCCAGCCCGUCCGGGAACCCCGUUGUGUGUUCAGGGACAGAUGUUCCUAGCGACCACAGCUGCAUUGGGGAGGAAGGGGGCUCCAUUGUCACUCCAGCUCCAGCUGCGCUGCAGCCCCGCAUGGGCCAUGCUCUGCCAGUGAUCUAUGUGCCAAACACUGCCCUCACUGCCUGCCGCCCUGCAGCCUCAUGCAGGGAUGGGCAGCGGGAGAGGGAAGGCGGCAGCAGGCCCAGAGUUUGCAUAUUCUGUGUCCCCGAGGAGCCUGGUCAGACCCUGCCAGCCAUCACACCUGGGCAGCGAAUCCGGUGAGUGCGAGCGCCCCGUGCGUGGGGUGGAAAGGCAAACCCACGGGCCUCCGCUACACACAUGGUUUCCAGCCAAGCCAGUGUGAGGCAGCCACCCCGCAGGGCAGGACGGCCGUAACUCAGAACGACCUCCCCAGUGCUCAGCCUGCGGGACUUGGCCUGCCCGCGCCUGACCCAUAUCUAGCCCGGAUCUAGCUGCAUCCCGGUGCUAGGCGCCUCCGCCCCAGUUCCCUCGUGCAUGGCUGGUUUAGGAGCAAAGAUCUAAUGGCUGCUUCCAGGACCAGUUAGUGCCAUUCAUCUGCCCCUGCGCUAGGAACUCUGCUCGCAGGCUCCAAGUGCAGGUUAUCACCACGAAUCCAUGCAGCCGUGCAGCUCCCCAGAGGCAGGGGCGUAUUCUUAUCCCUUACGUGCAGCUGGGCCGGCUGAGGCAGAGAGUUGUGACGUGCCCAAGCUCACGCAGCAAGGCAGCGGCAGAGCCAGCACAGCCCCCGGCUCUCCUAGCUCCCACGCCUGUGCCCUAACCACUAGACAACACUCUCCUUGUAGAAUCUCCACAAGAGCUUCCCAGAGCGUUGAGGGGAUGGUGGCGCUGGCGUGGCCUUGCAAGGCACCUGCAGCAGCCGUGCUGGGCCUGGGUGACUCUCCCAGCCAGGUGCCAACCCGUUCAGAAGGGAUCAGAGAUUCUGGGCGGCUCAGGUUUGGGGUCUGGGGGAUUUUCAGAGGUGGGUGCCCAGCAUUUCUUAAAACCAGAACCCUUAAAGGUGUCUCCCGAUGGGCCCCCAAAAUGGAGCCCUGCCCCCAGCUCACUCGUCACUUAUGGAGAUCUUGCUCCACGACCUUUGGCCUCCGAACCUGUUUCCAUUCCCCCAGAGCCCAGACCCUCAUCCAGCCGCAGGGAGGGGCAGGGUCCCCGGACCUGCAGGAAUUGGCAGGGGUGGGUGGGUGGCCCAGGCAGGAGGUGGCCUGGGGCGCGCCAGGGAGCAGGUGUGUUGUGUGUUGUUUGUGUAGCACCCUCGCUCUGCGCUGAUAUGUUAGUGAGCCGUCCCCCGCUGGAGUGUCUGCAUCGCGCGUCGCUACUGAUCCAUACGCUUAUGGCAGCAGCAGCCUGAGUCGAGCAAUAAAGCUGAAGCAAGCAGUGCCUUCUCGCUGGGCGGCUCAGUCUCCCUGCGCCGUGCCCAGAAACAUGAGCACUCGGUUGUAUCUGCAAUAAACUAGUGUGAGCAGCUCCUGGGCAAGCUCAGCGCUCCCAGCGCCUCCCGGUCCCAGCUGGCAUCUCCUCAGCCCUCUGCUCUGCCAGUGCCCCAUGCCCAGCCUGGAGGGCCCCUGCUAUUCCAGGCCGGGGGCCCCACACAGCUUUUGCCAGUGCAGCUCAAGCCUGACCUGAAACAGCCUAUGCCAGGUCCAGCUCCCAGCCCCAGCGUCUUUGCUGGGGUGUCUCCGUGGUGAGCUCCGCACUCCCUGCUAUAGUCCUGCCAUAACAGUCCUGCCAGCGCACUUCAGUCCCAACCCCAGAUGUUCUGAGCUGCCAACACCCAGCCGCACCAUGGAGCCAGGGGGCUUGUGACAGGAACUCAGGCGCAGAAGGGGAAAUAGGCAGUGGAUACCAAUUGGCUCCAAGAUAAUACGGCAACUUUCCCAAACUGGGGAGGACAGGCACGCGAGGGCCGUAGGUGCGAACCUCAUGUGGAAGACAGCAGCCAGGCAGCAUUAGGAAGGGAUCCCCUCAUGCCUCAGGAGAGAGGAACAAGGAUUGACCCUGGGUACUUUAGCAGCAAAAGCACAGGCUUGAGCUGCAGGCUGCCUCGGAGGAGCUGGGACCAAGCCAAUUUUCAGCAUUGUGCCCCGACGUCCCAGGCCGGAAAAGGGAGUGAGCAGGGAGGUGGUAACAUCUGCAGCUGACACCACGUUCUCUGGACUUGAGAAGAAGGGCAGGAAAUUCAGAGGCCCCCAGCCAAUCAGGGCGAACUGGCAACACGAUGGCAAAUGAAACUCAGUGUUGUCGAUUGCAAGGAAAAGCUCAUUGGAAGGAAUAAUCCGACCUGCUCAUGCCCGUUGUUCGGGUUCCAAAUUAACCGCAAGCCCUCAGGAAAUAGCCAUGUGCUCAAAGUGCAGUGAGUAGGCAGAGACGGAAACAAGAACCCAGAUCACUGACUGGUGUGAACCGUCACACACCAUGGGGGGGACUGGUGUGAACUGACACCAGGGGCGGCUCCAGGCCCCAGCACACCAAGCGCGUGCUUGGGGCGGCAAGCCACGGGG